UACUGUCAUUGAUUUGAUACUCGUUCUGACAACAGCUGUUACUUGACAAUUGAUUGUGUGAGUGGGUAAAACGAUUUCUGUGUGUCCUCUGAAAAACGCUGGAAUUAUUAUAAAAAAUGAAGGUUAUCUACAAUACAUUGUUCAAAAGGACAUCCACUUAUGCCGUUGGUAUUAUGGCAUCUGUGUUUUUCUUCGAACGCGCUUUUGAUGUGGCUUCCACUACGAUUUUCGAGUCUGUCAAUAAAGGAAAAUUGUGGAAGGAUAUCAAGGACAAAUACGAAUAAAUUUCCCGGAACUUUGAGAGGUUUUGGUCCAUUGUUUUGGAAAAUGUGUUGCCGAUGAAUUAAAAACAUACAUUCAGUUAAAAUAAAAUUAACAAUUUAUUGCUAACAAAAA